AUGUAUGUAAUGUAUGUGAGUGUGCGCAGUGAUGAAGGCUUGACAAAUAAAUUCAAAAAUGCUGUGAAAAUGGUUUUGAUGAUGGCUGUGGUAGUGGAUGAUGAUGAUGAUGAUGACGAUGUUGGUUUUGGUGCUGUUGGUAGUGUCCAAUGAAUUAUGUUCAAAAGUCAAUUGAAAAGGCGGUGGCAAAUGACUAUUGAAUUACUUAAUGGGUUGAUGAGGCCUUAA